AUGCAGCCGCCAAGGGAGAGGAGUGAAGUGCGACCCCGAGCUGGAUGGAUGGUUAUGGGGAAAAGAGGAAGACCCUCGGCGCUAGACGUGUGCAGAGUCCUCGCGGUGUUUCUCUCACUCUUCCCCUCCGUGAGUCUGCAGUGCAAGAUCCUCAAGUGUAAUUCUGAAUUUUGGGCCUCCACCUCGAUCUCUGGACCGGAGGAGGAGUUUUGCACAGCGCUGCGAGCGUACAACAGCUGUGUACGUCGGACCGCACGAACCUGCAGGGGGGACUUGGCGUACCACUCCGCCCAGCAUGGCAUAGAAGAUCUAAUGACCCAACACAACUGCUCCAAGGAGGGGCCGACAUCCCAACCACGUGCCCGCACCCCACUUCCUCCUCCACCCCCGCCACUCCUGCCUGACAGCCAGGAGCGCUCCGACGGCCCGGAAGUGUGCCAAUAUGAGCGCAGUCUUCCACGCAACACAGCGCCGCCCAACUACACUCACUGUGGCUUCUUUGGAGACCCACACCUCAGAACAUUUGGGGACGAGUUUCAGACGUGUAAGGUGGAAGGAGCCUGGCCGCUCAUCCACAACAAAUACCUGUCUGUCCAGGUGACCAACACUCCGGUGGUGCCAGGGUCUCUGGCCACCGCCACGAGCAAGUUGACAAUCAUCUUUAAGAAUUUCCAGGAAUGUGUGGAUCAGAAGAUGUACCACGCAGAGACAGAUGAGCUGCCAGCUGCAUUUGCAGAUGGCUCCAAGAACGGAGGGGAUCGGCACGGAGCGAACACACUGCGCGUGGUGGAGAAGGUUCCUGGGCAGCAUGUGGAGAUUCAGGCCAGGUACAUUGGAACAACCAUAGUGGUCCGGCAGGUAGGACGCUACCUGACCUUUGCUGUGCGGAUGCCUGAGGAAGUUGUCAACUCUGUGGAAGAAGGUGAUAACCAGGACUUGUACCUGUGUCUUCACGGCUGUCCAGCCAACCAGCGCAUCGACUUCAGGAACUUCAAAGCUCGAGCAGCGGAGGCCCAGAUCGCAAGCAGGACGAGGAGCAGCACCGCGGCACAUGGCUUUACCUACCAGUCCGCUAAGGUCAAGUGCAAAGAGCGGCUCCCAGUGGAGGACCUGUACUUUCAGUCCUGCGUGUUUGAUCUCCUCUCCUCUGGAGACAUAAACUUCACCAUGGCAGCCUACUACGCCUUUGAGGAUGUAAAAGUGCUCCACUCAAACAGUAACAGACAUCACAUCUUUGAAAAGGAUGCUUUUAUUAAUAAUGCAGCACAGAGGGUCAAAGAUUUUCAUUCACUCCUCUUCCUCAAUGUCCUUGCUGUCUUAUUGUGGAUUGAGUGUUGCACAGUUCAUCUAUAGUCCCGUUUACAACAGUAUCCUCGUGGUGUAUCUGUCGGUGAGUUUUAGAGUACCAUUGCUGUGUCGUACAUCGAAUCCUCUUUUUGGCUCUGGUUCUGUGACAUCCCAGCCCUGAGUCUCAUUUUAGUAUUGUCAUGUCUUGACUUCAGUCUAAUGACAAGACGAGGUCCCCGUGCUCCCACCAAUCAUCACGUGUCUAUUUAGCUGCUUCAUAGGACUAGUCUUUGAUGAGAGCAGCGGUGAGAGAGCCCAGCUAUACCAGAGCUCAGGAUAUCCACCUGGGAUUAAAUCCCACAUUCUCACCGGGCCUGCAUGCCUAUGGGAAGCCGGACAAGAUGAUCUUUUGCAGAAAGAAGAGUUUGCUGAUCCUCCCUCCCUUGAUCCACUCAUUGGUGCCAAGCCAGUGAAGCUCUCCGUGGUUCAUGUGGCAAAGCGAGAGGACCUGACAGGGGCUUUUGUUAACCUAAGGCCAGAAGCAGCUCUAUGUUUGAUUAGUUUCCAGCUUUGGAAAAGCCUGAGCCUUUUGGAGGAAGCACUCAGCCAAAAGGAUGUCAGAGCAGCGUCUCCAGUUGUCUGCUGUGGAGAUUAAUGGGUCAUAUUGUUAGGUUUGUGUGUGUGUGUGUGUGUGUGUGUGUGUGUGUGUGUGUGUGUGUGUGUGUGUGUGUGUGUGUGUGUGUGUGUGUGUGUGUGUGUGUGUGUGUUUGUUAGUACAAUAUGUGUGCAGAAUUCAGAAUCUGUGGUUGAUUUUGUGUGUUUGUGGGUGCCGGAGUCCAAAAUUGAGAUAAUGAACCUCCAGUGGGAGAAAUCUUUCCCAUGUCUUUCUGUUGCACCCAAAAUGUCAGAAAUAGAAAAGACGAGGUGCUCCAUAGUCUGUCAAAAUGGCCUCUAAAAGCCAAGUAACAAAUCCCAAAAGGGAACUGAUAAAAAAAAAGUCUUUUCAUUUUCAGUGUCAUACAGCCUUUCACUCCAUUGUUGAUCAGAUAGUGUUUUGUGUUUUACAUCUGUAAUGUGAAUGUAGCUAACAAGAAAAGCAAAAGAACGUUAUGGGCACUCGUUUACAGACAGUAGUUUAGCCAAUCAAACUAAGACACCUCUUUGAUAACAUUUUGUGAAUUUAAUUCUCAAUUUCAAGUCUCAGUGGUGUAGUUACUGUUAGUACUAGCUGUAAAGACAUCACCACUAGUCAGUUUAGCAUGUUAUAGACUACCAGUGUGCUGACCUGACUGUGGCUUUGUGCGUAAAUGACAAGCAUAUGUCUGUAGACGUGAUUUCAUGGCUUAAGUCAUUGCCAAAGAACAAGCCCUUGUGCCAACAUUUCCCUCACAACUGAAUUUCCAUCAUUCAGUCUUAAACAAUUCACAUUAGGGGGGUUCUUAACUGUAUAUAAUUUGUGUUUGUGGGUGAAUUUGCAGUACAGUAACACAUUGUUAAAGCUGCAUUAGUUUCUGUUUUAGCAGUCUCACCUUUGCUUUUUUGAUCUUUGGCUCUAAACUGCAGUAUCUGAUAAUGUGUAAGUUAUCCCUUGUAGACACAGUUGCUACUCGGACUCAGUUUUAACGGUCAUAUAUCCUUUACACUGAAGUAUUCGGCAGACCUUACUACUGCUAUUUGGAACAUGUAUUGGUGCAGUUUGACUACAAAUAAUCAUACAAACAAAUGAUUGUAAUGUUGAAUCUUGUGUUAAUAGAUGUAAUUUGUGUUGUGAGUUUUGCAGUAUAUGGUUCUACAAGUGAAAUGUGAGAUUGUACAUAUGUUUUGUGAGUUACAAUUUGUAUAUUACCAGUUGUGUUUUAAAUUUAUCACUCCUGUUUUUGUACAUCAGAUGUUUUGGUGAAUGUGAACCUUUUUUAUUUGAAAAGGGAUUGUUGCAAAAAUAUGAACACCACAGAACAAAAUAUUCUUUACUAUAUAUAAAGUAUACUCCCCUAUUGUUGAAGUGGAGAAAGUGAUAAAAUCCUGGUUGUCAUCACUUUAUAUGCAGGAACAUGUUCUGGGGUGUUCAUGUUUUUGAAUUUAAAGCACUUUAUGCUUUCUUUUACAGUUAGCUCUUAUUUUUUUUGUUUGAAAUUCUAUGUCAGACUUUUAAUGGUAGAAAAGAUUUUUAAAAAAUAGCUGAAUGGGAAAUGCCAGAAAGAUCAAACUGUUUGUAUGUAAAGCAAAUGUGGUGCCACAUGCCAGCUGUUUAUAAUGUAAAUUAUUUAUUGAAUAAAAGAAAAUGUCUUGUUAA